AUGGCUACCUCAAAAGACUUACCACCACUGGACGUCGGAUUUGGUAGUAUCUUUAUGAAGAACCAGUUCCGGACCAAGCCCCAACAUCCGCCGAGCACUACCGACCUUACCGGAAAAGUCGCCCUCAUUACUGGAGCUAAUACCGGCCUAGGAUAUGAAGCUUCUAAGCAAAUGCUCGCUCUCCGUCUAUCUCAUCUAAUCAUUGCUGUCCGAAGUCAAGCAAAGGGAGACGCAGCAGCCUCUAAACUUCGAACAUUGUACUCGAAAGCAAAGAUUGAAGUUAUGAUCGUGGAUAUGAGCAAGUACAGUUCCAUACAGGAGUUUGCUCAGCGCAUCAACAGUACGCUGCCUCGACUAGAUAUUGCCAUUCUCAAUGCAGGUAUAAUUAAGUUAAAAUAUACCACGGAGCCCAGCACUGGUCACGAGCAAAUUCUCCAGGUGAACUACCUAUCGACGAUAUUCCUUGCCAUCCUACUACUCCCUAUCCUCAAAAAGAAGUCUCCACCCGGAACCCCCGGCCGGCUUACAAUUGUCAAUGCGGCCCUGGCGCUCACCGCACCCCUACCGAAAGCCGACGGCCACAAGUCCAUCAUAGCGACUCUAGAUGACCCUAAGUUUUUCGCUCCGAAUACCGACAAGAAUUACAAUAUGUCUAAGGUCUUGUCUCAGAUGUUCGCCUAUAAACUGAGCGAGUACGUAUCUGCGGACGAUGUAAUCGUCAACCUGGUGUGCCCGGGUUACGUUAAGGGUACCGAGCUUAGCCGGGACGCUAGUAUCUUUAUAAGGCCCGCGGUGGCCCUAUUUUCCGCUUUAACAGCGCGGACAGUGAAGGACGGCGCCUCGACGUACUUGGAUGCGGCUUUGGUCAAGGGGAAGGAGUCGCACUGUUCGUUCCUCGUGAGUUGGAAGGUUUCACCGUUCAACUCCUUUCUGUAUACUCCCCAAGGAAAGGAUGCCGCAGACCAAUUGUUUAAUGAAACGAUGAAAGAGUUAGAGUUUGCUAAUGUUAGGGGCGUUCUAGAAUCGAUGAGGAGUGCAACGGCAUAG